ACCUAUUCCAUUUCUUUACUUUCUUACUCACAAGUUUCCAAUGGCUGCUUCCAUGGCUCUCUCCUCCCCCACAUUUGCCGGCAAGGCCGUGCAACUUGCCCCCGCCGAGGUUUUCGGAACCGGAAGGAUCUCCAUGAGGAAGACUGCCUCCAAGUCUAUUUCCUCUGGAAGCCCAUGGUACGGCCCAGACAGAGUCAAGUACUUGGGCCCAUUCUCUGGUGAGCCCCCGAGCUACCUCACUGGUGAGUUCCCCGGUGACUACGGUUGGGACACCGCUGGGCUUUCAGCCGACCCUGAGACCUUCGCCAAGAACCGUGAGCUCGAAGUGAUCCACUCCAGGUGGGCCAUGCUCGGAGCUCUUGGGUGCGUCUUCCCUGAGCUCUUGGCCCGCAAUGGCGUCAAGUUUGGUGAGGCCGUGUGGUUCAAGGCCGGAGCCCAGAUCUUCAGCGAGGGCGGUCUUGACUACUUGGGCAACCCUAGCUUGGUCCACGCACAGAGCAUAUUGGCCAUCUGGGCCACUCAAGUCGUCCUGAUGGGCGCAGUUGAGGGAUACAGAAUUGCUGGAGGCCCACUUGGAGAAGUUGAGGACCCACUUUACCCAGGAGGCAGCUUUGACCCAUUGGGUCUUGCUGAUGACCCAGAAGCUUUCGCUGAGCUUAAGGUGAAGGAGCUCAAGAAUGGUAGGUUGGCCAUGUUCUCUAUGUUCGGCUUCUUCGUUCAGGCCAUUGUUACUGGAAAGGGACCACUGGAGAACCUUGCCGACCACCUUGCUGACCCGGUCAACAACAAUGCCUGGUCAUACGCCACCAACUUUGCUCCCGGAAAGUGAAGAGCCUGGAGUUGUUACGUUUAGUUUGUUGUGUUGUCGGUGAUGUAAAUGUUUCAAUCAAUGGACAA